GUACACUCAGAAGGAAGUGACCGCGCAUGCGCGUGGCCGUGUGGGUGUAUUUGGGGUCCCGCGUGAACAGGGCGGCGUUUCUAUGGUGAAGAGGUCUUUGAUCCGCCACAUGGACCAGGAAACACCGCGCCUUCUGAUGAAACAGUUCACGGAUGAUACAUUGUAGCCGCCAGCUACAUCUCUCCGGUCGCAGUCGCGUUUCGCAGUUGUGUUUGUGUAUCUACGGCCUCUCGGCGCUGAUCGAGGGUCUCUCUUUGAAGCUUUUAUGUAAUGAUCCGCUCUGGCGAGGAAUAUUCUGGACUCUUGUCUUAGCUGAUAAUCACUUUCUAAUAAAGGCGUCACGUUUUUAAACGCGGAUACAACUUGCCCUGACGAUCAUCUGUUAAAAAUAACCUAGAUCGCAUCAUAUUGUCGGUAGUUCUCUCCCACAGGUGUCUUUCACGUUAAGGAUGGGGAUCUGAUCAAUCGGCAGAGGCUAUCCACCUCUUCGAUCAUUUCAUCAUUCGUUCACCGAAGCCAGAUUUGACGUUAAUGUUUCGCCAGGAGGUCGGUGUCCUGUCUUUUAUUCCGUCUUGUUCGUACCUUUUCCAAUACGAGCAGAGGAACAUGUCUCGGUAUAACAUCUACAGUCUGCUGGACUGGAUGUAUGGAGGGGUGGACCCCAUGUUUGAGGGCAAUGGAGGCCCCGAGUGCGCCGCUUUCCUCUCUCCACGACAGAGACUGUUUGAGACUCUGAUCAUUGUGUUAUUUUCUAUCCUGGAAGUGGUGGUGGCUAUCAAAAAGAUCAAUGUCCCUAAAGAGGUCAGAGAUGUGGGGAAAGAUGGCAGGAGGAGUAAAGAAGACACCUGGGGCAAGAACCUACUGCUUGUGGCUCUGUGCAUGACUUUUGGAGUUGAGGUUGGGUUUAAGUUUGCCACAAAGACUGUCAUCUACCUCCUCAAUCCAUGUCAUGUGGUCACAAUGGUGCAAAUCUUCCUGCUUGCAUGUCCCCCCUGUAAAACUGCCAUGGUUAUUUUUAGACUUCAGGUCCAUAUGCUGAAUGGAGCCCUUCUAGCGCUUCUCUUCCCAGUAGUCAACACUCGACUGCUUCCAUUUGAGAAGGAAAUCUAUUAUAUUCAGCACUCCAUGCUGUAUCUUGUGCCAGUCUACCUUUUUAGAAAAGGAGGUGUGUAUAAGCCAGAGCCGCUCCGAGACAUGUGGUGGGCGCUUCUCUCCUCGGGCGUCCUCUUCCUCUACCACUUUUUGUUCCUCCAGGGCCUCGGAAUGUUGACAGAAGUGAAUCUGAAUAACAUGCUGUGCCCUGCGGUCUCUGACCCCUUCUACGGACCAUGGUACCGAGUAUGGGCGACCGGCCACCAGACUGCCCUGACGUUACUGCACGGCAAGGCUCUGACCAUCCUCUCGCAGCACACCGCUCCCAUGUGCCGCUAUUUACUGGAUAUAGCACAUCAACGCAACAAGAAGUUGGACUAGUCUUUUUAUCAGGAGUCUUACAUGGACAAAACUUGUCCAGCUUCCUAGAAAAACAUUAGUACCUUUUUUUUCUAUUUGUUGUUUGGUUCAGACGUUGUCAUUAUAUCUAAAGACUGUUUUAACUCCAAGGACUCAAGCAACAUAAACCUUGCCUUGUUUUUAUAUUUUUAUUUUAAAGUUUAGCAAAAUGAAGAAUCUUUGACCUCAGAACAGAUGUAACUUUUAUUCUCAAGUUGCCUUCUUUAGUUACAUUCAACAGUGGGCCAACCCAGUUCCUUUUACUCAUCUGGUGCGCAGUUAUAAACGCUGAAUUUCCUCAUGCCUUGCAUGCGGUUGAGGCAGUUUUAAUAGAUGGUCUCAAAAUGACAUUCUGUUAAUAUUGUAGACCUGUUGUGGAAAGCAUACAUGUAGUGGUACUGUACGUCUAUUUCCAGGCCCCCAGCAGUCUCUUUCUUUGAAACUGGGAUGUAAAUAGUUGCGACUAAAUUUUAAGAUGACGUUAUUAGCUGUAGUCACAUCCACUAAACAUUUUCUGUUGGCUUAAAGUGAUUCCACCUGCUGUUUGAUCAAGCUCACGUGCUCUACUGAUCAUAUUAUCCAUGGGAAAUGAUAGUGUUUUUCUAUGCUCACAUGUAUAUACAAAAAGUUCAAUAUGUAGUCAAAUGAAGGAAAAAUAAGUUCCAUUACCAACCACACUUGGGGCUCCCUUGUCUAAUCCCAAAACUGCUCUGAUCAUCACGUGUUUUCCCGGUUGUUUGCAUGUCAGAAACUAAGAUUUGCUGAACAGUUUGCGGCUGUUGCGGUCAUGCAAGAAAUGUCAUUUGAGCAGUCUAGUGAAUUAUGGGAUCACUCUCAUUUCAAUGUAUGUAGCUUGACUGAAAGGGAAACCUGUCUGUCUUGGUGUCAUUUUUGUACAUAUGUUUUUAUCUACAUUAAAGGUCUUCUCAAACAUGUCAUUGAUGAAGUCUUGGUUUCACAAAGUGUCAAAAGAAUACAAAUAAAUACAAAGACACCUAAUGCCUUAUCCUUUCAGAAUUAAUUUUUUAUUGGAUAAAUGAUUUAAAAGGUAAUAACAAUAAUGUUUUAAAACUACAUUAUCAUUGCCACAGCCAUAGCUCACAUACCCACAUAUAACCCAUCUACCCCCCCCCAACACUUUUUUUAGGGUGUUGUUUUUUUGUAAUUUUGUCUUUUUUUGUCCUUUUUUUUUUUUUGUAGCCAUACUACCAUAUUCAUAAUAAAUGCCCAUUUCAGGUCUCAUCACACUAACAGCAAUUCAGUGGGGUUAAAUGAUCUAGUUCUACAGGGGAGUUAUAUAUAUAUAUAUAUUUUUUUUUUAUUUCUUUUUUUUUUUUUGCCAAGUCGUUACUUUAUUUCAAGUUCUGAAAGGAAGAAAGAAUCCAAAAUCAAAAUAGAAACAAAAAGUGGUGGGCAUAUGGGGCUACACCAGGCAACCCCGGCCCCCAAUGACACCGCAAGCUGUCAGUCAUCGAAGGGCAUGUUCAAAACUCAUCUUCUCAAAGCUCCAGAACAUAGAAAACCACUAAAAUAAUUUAGAAACUAGGUCCAAAAUAUUUUUUUUAAGAAUUAACUUGAUAUAUAAAAACAGUCAUUGUGUUUACUUUUUUUCCUUUUCUUUUUUUUACAAAAGUUUUCAAACAAAUUUAUUGUAGUUAACUUUUUUUUUUUUUUUUUUUUUUUAUCAUCAUCAUUAUUAUUAUUAGUUAUACGUUUCCCCCCAUAUCUAUCAGUGCGAUUGUAUGCCAGUGCAGCUACUGGGUCCAGAGUAAAGAAAAGAGGCUUUUUAUUUUUUCCUUAAAUUGCAUUUAAAAAUAAGGAUUAACUCAUCUUUUGUAUAAAGUAUAACUGCUGGUCUUAGGAAAAAAAAAAAAAAAAA